GUGGGAGGCCGAGGAGCAGACCUGAGGCAGGAGACAGGGCCAUUUGAAAGAAAAUUGGGAGCAGCCAGGUUGCAAUGUGGGGAUACCCUUGAUUAGGUCUCUGGGACCUCCGAGGAAUGCCACUCCAAGGAGCCGCGCGGACUCCAGGCACCUGCAGGUGGCGCUGGACGGGGCACUGACAUGGAGGCGGGGUCUGCAGCCAGAGAGCAGGCUUUGGACUCCCAGGGCUUGGACGCCGCGUGGGGCUGGCACUUCUCCGCAGCAGUUGCGCCGCAACUUACCGUCCGGACGGUUGCGCCUAGAAGCGGGUGGCUGAAGCAAUUCUAUUUUACAGAAUUAAUGGAGAACAGACAAGACAUUACAAACCAAGAACCUUGGACAAUGAAACCUAGGAGAAAUCUAGAAGAAGAUGAUUAUUUGAAUAAGGACUCAGGCGAGACCAGCAUGCUAAAAAGACCUGUGCCUUUGCACAUGCACCAAACAACCCAUUUUGAUGAAUUUGAUUGCCCCGCGGAGCUUCAACACAAACAGGAUCUCUUUCCAAAGUGGCGCUUGCCAAUUAAAAUUGCUGCUAUUGUAUCAUCUCUGACUUUUCUUUACACUCUUCUGAGGGAAAUAAUUCAUCCUUUUGUAACUUCUCAUCAACAUUAUUUUUAUAAAAUUCCAAUCCUGGUCAUCAACAAAGUCUUGCCAAUGGUUUCCAUCACCCUCUUGGCACUGGUUUAUUUGCCAGGUGUGAUAGCAGCAGUUGUACAGCUUCAUAAUGGAACCAAAUAUAAGAAAUUUCCACAUUGGUUGGAUAGAUGGAUGUUAACAAGAAAACAGUUUGGGCUUCUCAGUUUCUUUUUUGCUGUACUGCAUGCGAUCUAUAGUUUAUCCUAUCCAAUGAGGCGAUCCUACAGAUACAAGUUGCUAAACUGGGCAUAUCAACAGGUCCAACAAAAUAAAGAAGAUGCCUGGAUUGAGCAUGAUGUUUGGAGAAUGGAAAUUUAUGUGUCUCUGGGAAUUGUGGCACUCGCAAUACUGGCUCUUUUAGCUGUGACAUCUAUUCCAUCUGUGAGCGACUCUCUGACAUGGAGAGAAUUUCACUAUAUCCAGAGCAAGCUAGGAAUUGUUUGCCUUCUGCUGGGCACUAUACAUGCAUUGAUUUUCGCCUGGAAUAAAUGGGUAGAUAUAAAACAAUUUAUAUGGUAUACACCUCCAACUUUUAUGAUCGCUGUUUUCCUUCCAAUUGUUGUCCUGAUUUGUAAAACCAUACUAUUCCUGCCAUGCUUGAGGAAGAAGAUACUAAAGAUUAGACAUGGUUGGGAAGAUGUCACCAAAAUUAAUAAAACCAAGAUGUCUUCCCAGUUGUAGAACUACUGUUUACAAACAUUUUUGUUUGAUACUGAUGUAUUUUACCAUAAACAUUUCAAAUUUGUAUUUGUUUAAUAAAAUGACCACUUGAGGGUCUUCAUGUAUCUCUUUGGUUAGGAGUCAUGAGUUUGAAAUAUGUGUAGUUCUUUGUAGUUUGAUUCAAAGCAAUAAAUAAAAUAAUCUUCAGCACA